AUGAGCAGUCAGGCGGCCGAUCAGGCGCCCAAUAUCCGUGACCCCGAGUGCUGGCUAAGACAUCCGAUCUCCGCCGAGGACACGAUGAUCCGACUGGCUUUGAAGUACGAGACCAGCAUAGGUGAGCUGUGCCGGGCCAAUCGGAUGCAUUGGCAGGACGUCCUGCAGACACGUCACCACAUCUGGGUGCCGCUAGCCACUCGGAGAAAUCGAGACCAGGAAUGCCAGUCGAUCCCCGCCUUUGCCAGCCCCACGACCUUGCCGCCCCAUUUUUACCGCCAAAGUGCUCCAAAUCCCAAUCACUUGGCCGCCGAGGAAGAUCCCCUGCUGAUCACCACCAAAAUCAAGUAG